CCCCCCCCACCGUGUUGUCUGAGUGACGUCACGGGGAUGGGCCGGUCACGUGGUCGCGUCACAGGGAAACCUGUUGGUUUAAUGUUACUGAAAGAAGAGAAGAAGAAAAGAGGAGGAGAAGCGAGGAAAGGAGUCGAGCAAGGUAGGCGAGGAAGACUAACGGACUGCAUCUGCAUCCCGCAAUCGCAUCUGUUGAUCACGCGUGUCCUCAGGUGUCUGUGUGUGUUUCCAGGUGUCUCCGUUGUCUCCAGCUGGACGUCUCUCAGGUUUGCACUCUGACCUGCAGGCCAAUGUAAGUCGUGCUGAGUGACUGCGUGUGAACGAGGGACCAUCGGCAUCCUCAUGUCCAAUGGAGGAGACUUUUACGGACGCACUGAGCGCGCCCGCCAGUCGCCGUACUACGACCCGGUGCCGCUGGGCUCGCUGCCCCGAGCGGACUCCUACGACCUGCUGAGGGAGCGCGGAGCGUCGCCCCUCGCCCGGAGCGCCGACCCCCUCCCUCCGCCGCCGCUGCCGGACCAGCCCCCCGUGGGCCCCGAGUCGGAGGACGAGGAGAACCGGCAGGACGACCCGGCCCUCGACAUCAAACCGGUGCACCGCUUCAUCCCGGACUCCUGGAAGGACUUCUUCAAGGGGGGCGGCGGCGGCGGCGGCGGCGGUGACCUGCCCGGCUCCGCCCCCGCCUCUUCGUGCAACAACAACAACAACAGCACCAGUGACGGGGUGCGCUGCUCCCCCCCGCGCUCCCCCUCCGCGCCCGGGUCCUACCGGGAUCCGUAUGGCGGCUCGGGCGGCAGCUACAACUCGCGCAAGGAGCUGCUGGAGCAGCAGGAGUCGCUGUCGGGGCGCACGCACCACACGGCUCUGACCUACAGCGAGCGGGUGGAGGAGUACCACCUGCGCUACGCCUUCAUGAAGUCCUGGGCCGGCCUGCUGAGGAUUCUGGGCUGCGUGGAGCUGCUGCUGGGGGCCGCCGUGUUCGCCUGCGUCUGCGCCUACGUGCACAAGGACAACGAGUGGUUCAACAUGUUCGGGUACUCCUCGCCCGGGGGCGCGUACGGCGGGGGCGCGUACGGCGCGGGGGGGUACGGCGGCGUCACGGGCGGGUCCUACUACUCGGGCCCCAUGACGCCGUUCGUGUUGGUGGUGGCGGCGCUGGCGUGGUUGGUGACGGUGAUGGUGCUGGUGCUGGGGAUGACCAUGUACUACCGCACCAUCCUGCUGGACUCGUCCUGGUGGCCUCUGACGGAGUUCACCAUCAACCUGGCGCUGGCGGUGCUCUUCAUGGCGGCCGGCAUCGUCUACGUCCGGGACACCACCCGCGGAGGCCUGUGCUCCUACCCGGUCUUCAACAACGGCAUCAACGGGGCCUUCUGCCGGACGGAGGCGGGCCAGACCGCCGCCAUCAUCUUCCUGUUCGUCACCCUGGUGGUGUACCUGAUCGGAGCCGCCGUGUGCCUCAAGCUGUGGAGGCACGAGGCCGCCCGCCGCUACCGGGAGAGGCGCGGCCACGAGAUGCUUCCCACCGAGCCGCACGCUGCACGGACCCUGGUGGCCCCGCCCCACAGGGCUCCGGUGCAGGUGGAAGGCUCCUCGGUGGUUCCCAUCGAAGCCGCUGCGAAGGCCGCUCCCGCCCACGUGCUCCAGGGAGCGAUUCCGUCGGGACACAUUCCCCGACCGGUCAUCGUGCCCGACUACAUCGGGAAGUACCGGACGGUCCGGUCGGACGAGGAGCGGGACCAGUACCGCGCCGUGUUCAACGACCAGUACGCCGAGUACAAGGAGCUCCACUCGGAGGUGCAGGCCACCCUGAAGAGGUUCGACGAGAUGGACGCCAUGAUGCGCGGCCUGCCGCAGCGCCCGGGCAGCCAGACGGAGGUUGAUCGCAUCAACAGGAUCCUUCAGGAGUACCAGAGGAAGAAGAACGACCCGACUUUCCUGGAGAAGAGGGAGCGCUGCGAGUACCUGAAGAGCAAACUGUCGCACAUCAAACACAAGAUCCAAGAGUACGACAAAGUGAUGGAGUGGAACGACGGCUUCGGCUGAAACUUGGACUAGAGAACGAGGACCAGGGGACUACGGGACUAGAGAACGAGGACUAGGGGACUACGGGACUAGAGAACUAGGGGACUAGGGGACUAGAGGACUACGGGACUAGGGGACUAGAGGACUAGGGGACAUGGGGAUUCAUCCCGGGGCCAGUUAUCUUCGCACAAAGACUGGAAGCGAAUGCAAAGAGCUUCAACGGAAACGUCCAAGGAGUUGAUUAACGAGCUCUUUGCGUGUUUAUGGCGAGCCGUUUCCAGCCUUUAUGCUAAGCUAACUGUCACCUGGCUGUUUAAAUGAUACAAGAGCUUCUAUUCUCCUGUAACGCUCCACCGGAAUCCAAAGAACUCUGUUUCAACUGUAACACUAUUCAUUGUUUAAAUGGUCUGAAUAUGCAAAGAACUGUACGUGUGGAUGCACCGUGUGUACGUACGUGUGAUACUGUGACUGACGUAGCCGAGGCUCCGCUCUUUACUCGUUAAUAACUGUAAUCGUGAAAGUGGAAUAUUAGACGCUGCAGGAUUUCUCGCUGUUUACUUUCGCUGCGACGUAAAUUUCAUGAAUGAAAAACUGUUUGUCACGACGAAUCCCCUCGAAUUGCACACUUGUCUGUUUUCAUGCAUCUUAUUGUGUAAUUUUACAUGUUGUGACACUUUGCUCUUCCGUUUCACAAACACUUUUGUACCUUUUAUAGUCACUUAUGUGCCUAAAAAUCUCCUUUAUACCACUUAAAACGCUGGACCUCAUGAUAGACAGGAAGUGACAUCACAAAGUCUCCUUUCCUCUUGUUAUCAAGUGCUGAUGUUGCUGUAAAUGUCCAUAUUAUUUAAAAGUGAUUAAUCGGUGCUUUUUGUGUCCAGAAUACAGUUUUGCUUCUGCACUUGGGGUUUUGACUUCUUUUUUAUGAUCAGCAGACAAAGUUUUGUUUUAUUGGAAAGAGGAAAAAACAGUUUCUGUGUAAAACACUCCAGAAUAAAGAAAACACCCAAAACUUCACAAAU